AUGCCUGGCAGCCCUCGGCCCUCGGAGGCUGAGGCAAUUCCCAACUGCCUGCUGGCGAUGACAGUCGGGAAGGCAGAGGAGGAGGCUUCAGCUACACAGCACCUUGGAGGGGAAGGAGCAUCCCCAGAGGAGAUGCCAGCUGCUACCAAGGCCCAGGAUGGAGGGAAGAAUGAGCCUGGGAAGGAGAAAACUCCAGCUGCAGGAGAGCCCAAAGGAGGGAAGGGAGCAGCCCUGGAAAGGAAGGCUCCAGCUGGUGCCAAGGCUCAGGGGGGAGGGAAGGAGAAGCCCAAGGAGGAGAAGGCUUCGGCUGCAGGAGAGUGUAAAGGAGAACAGGCAGCAGCUGCAGGAGGGAAGGCUCCAGAUGCUGCCAGGCCUCAGGAUGGAGGAAAAGGUGAGCCCAGGAAGGAGCAAACCCCAGAGAGUGGUGGGAAAGCACAACCCACAGAGGAGAAAACUCUGGCUGCAGGGGAGGCUGAAGGAGGGAAGGCAAAGUCCGUGGAGGAAGAGGCAGCCUUGGCUGUAGCACAGGCUGGAGAUGGAGACAACAAAGAGCCCCUGGAGGAGAAGGUUCCAGCUGCUGGAAAAGCUCAGGAUGCAGGGAAGAAAACUGUAAAGGCAGAAAAAACUCCAGCUGAUAAAGGACCUGCAAAGGAGAAGGGCUCAGGUGCUGCCAAGGAGAAGGCUUCAGCUCCUGCCAAGGCUCAGGGGGAAGAAAAUCAAGUGGCAAAGGCAGAAAAAGCUCCAGCUGGCAAAAAGGCUGAAGGUGGAAGCAAAGAAGAACCUUCAAAUGAGAAGAUCCCAGCUCCUGCAAAGGACAAGGCCCUGGACCCUGCCAAGGCUCAGGAUGGAAGCAAAGAACCUGCAAAGGAGAAGGUUCCAGCUCCUGCCAAGGCUCAGGAUGGAGAGAAGGCAGCAGCCAAGGCAGACAAAGCUCCAGCUGCAAAGAAACCUCAAGAUGGAAGCAAAGAACCUGCAAAGGAGAAGGUUCCAGCUGCUGCCAAGGCUCAGGAUGGAGAGAAGGCAGCAGCCAAGGCAGACAAAGCUCCAGCUGCAAAGAAGCCUCAUGAUGGAAGCACAGAACCUGCAAAGGAGAAGGUUCCAGCUGCUGCCAAGGCUCAGGGUGGAGAGAAGGCAGCAGCCAAGGCAGAAGCCAAGGCAGACAAAGCCUGCAAAGAAGCUCCAAAGGAGCCUCCAAAUGGAGAUGGAAGCAAAGAACCUGCAAAGAAGGUUCCAGCAGCUGCCAAGGAGAAGGUCCUGGCUGCUGAGGGUGGAGGGAAGGAAGGGACAGAGGUGGAGCCUCCCCCGGCUGUAGCAGAGGCUGGGGAUGGAGGCCAGGAGGCCCCAGAGGCAGCAGAGGUGGAGGAGCAGCAGCCAAGGGGCACCGAGCCCCCUCGCCCGGCUCUGCUGCAGAGCCUGAGCUGCCCAGCUGCCUGCCAAAGGGAGGAGCAGCCCUGGCUGGAGGCGAUGGAGAUGAUUCCAGAGGAGAGCACAGUGGCGGAGCCCGGCCCGGCCCCACCAGCCCUGGGGGACCUGCAGCCCCCCAGCGCCCCCCAGGAGAGGACAUUGCCCGGUGCCACGGGGCAGCCCGGCCCUGAGGGACAGCCACCCUCAGCGGAGGCACAGCCACCCCCCAGCCCCUACCUCACCCCCGACUUUGGGAAGGAAGACCCCUCGGAGAUACUGGACGAUGUCCCUCCUCCGCCAGCACCCUUUGCUCACCGCGUCGUCACCCUGCGCUCUGCCACCGUCAGCUCCCAGUUCAACCUUGACUCCAAGGACAUCCUGGGAGGGGGCAAGUUUGGCGAGGUCCACACCUGCACAGAGAAGCAGACAGGGCUGAAGCUGGCAGCCAAAGUGAUCCGGAAGCAGGGUGCCAAGGACAAGGAGAUGGUGCUGCUGGAGAUCGAUGUCAUGAACCAGCUGAACCACCACAACCUCAUCCAGCUCUACGACGCCAUCGAGACCCCCCGGGAGAUCAUCCUCUUCAUGGAGUUCAUCGAGGGCGGGGAGCUGUUCGAGCGGAUCAUCGACGACGACUAUCACCUGACGGAGGUGGACUGCAUGGUCUUCGUGCGGCAGAUCUGCGAGGGCAUCCGCUUCAUGCACCACAUGCGCGUCCUCCACCUCGACCUCAAGCCUGAGAACAUCCUCUGCGUGGCUGCCGUUGGGCACAUGGUGAAGAUCAUUGACUUUGGGCUGGCUCGAAGGUACAACCCCCAGGAGAAGCUGAAGGUGAACUUUGGCACCCCUGAAUUCCUCUCCCCAGAGGUGGUCAACUACGAGCAGGUCUCCUACUCCACGGACAUGUGGAGCCUGGGCGUCAUCACCUACAUGCUGCUCAGUGGCCUCUCCCCGUUCUUGGGUGACAAUGACACCGAGACGCUCAACAACGUCCUGGCUGCCAACUGGUACUUCGAUGAGGAAACCUUUGAGAGUGUCUCUGAUGAGGCCAAGGACUUCGUCUCAAACCUCAUCAUCAAGGAGAAGAGUGCCCGGAUGAGUGCUGCCCAGUGCCUGGAGCACCCCUGGCUCAACAACCUGGCAGAGAAGGCCAAGCGCUGCAACCGCCGCCUCAAGUCCCAGGUGCUGCUCAAGAAAUACGUCAUGAGGCGGCGCUGGAAGAAAAACUUCAUCGGGGUGUGCGCUGCCAACCGCUUCAGGAAGAUCACCAGCUCGGGGUCACUGACGGCGCUGGGUGUCUGA